GUUUACCAAAUCAGUCGUUUGAGAAACGUUGCCGCAGCAAAUACACUCGUCGUGUGUUGCGGUUGCUUUUAAAGAACACAUAGUGACUACUCGUUUGCCGUACUCGCAGUAGUGGUGGCAGUGUCGCCCCGAUAUACGAGAUCUCGUGUUGACUUUACGUCGGUACGGUUUUUGGUUAAGUUUAAACGCAUUUGCGCCGUCGUCUACACGAGUAGCAAAACGCCAGUCAGUUGACGGCGAAGCAUCCGAAAAUUCGAGUUAGCUCAGCGGUUUUUGGCGAAAUUUUCGUUUUUGCCAUUAUCUUUUUUUUGUUGGUUCGGCAUCAAUUUUAUACCCGUGUGCUGCACAUAUAGGGGUCUUAUAAAGUCUUGCUGCGGUCGGUGUUUUUUGUGGAUCGCCGUAUUGUCUUUUGUUGUGAAUUGUUACUGCUUUUAAGCUACAGUGUGUGUGUGUGUGCAUAAAUAUAAAUUUUUUUAUUAAAAUUUCGACUCGAGUUGCUCUGUACAUGCUAAACUUGAUUUUUAAGCUGAGCUUGCAAAAAAUAAAAACAAAAAAAUAAAAAUAAGUAUCUGAAACCAUAGUGUUUACUGGCGCGAAUUCCACAUAGAAAACAAAUAUACGAGCGCGCAAAAAACAAGUCUGUCUUGCGAUUAUGAGCUGUGAAAUUGUGUAGUGACAAAGGGGAAACGAGCAAAAAUAAUAACAACAAAAUUUUUUAAUUAACAAGAUUUAUGAAUUGUUUGAAGUGAUUGCGACGCAUUAGCCUCCUUGUUGUUGCUUUUGUCAAUGUGUUUUCGACGCAAAGAAAAAAAUCAAAAAAUCUGUGCUAAAGCCAUUAAAGCAUUUUUCAAAUCGAGUUUUAUUUAUUUAUAUUGUCCUGGAUUAAAUAUACUUAAAUAACUCGAUUGUUUGUGCGCAUUGCAAAUAACUGCUGUUUGAAUUGAAAAAGUAAGCAAGAAAAAAAGAAUUCUAAAAACGAAAACAAAGUGUAAAUAUUAUGACUUCAUAACUGGUCAGCAUACACCUGUUACCUGUUCCUCAUACAUUUUGACUCGGUGAAAUCAGCAAAUCAGUGUUGUAGUAUAAUUGCAAGAAAAUUCAUUUCAAAAUGUUGGAUGCCAGCUACUUGCAGGACUAUGAUGUCCCACGUCCACAAGCCAUAAAAAUUCAAAAGAAACUUUAUGCGAAAGCCAUCUAUGACAACAUUGCCGAUUCGCCCGAUGAGUUGGCCUUCAAGAAAGGCGAUGUCCUCACAGUCAUAGAACAGGACACAGACGGUCUGAAGGGUUGGUGGCUCUGCUGUUUGCGUGGACGCGAGGGCCUCUGUCCCGGCAAUCGGCUACGCAUAUUAAACUCAUACGAUUCCGGUUGUUAUUCGCUGUCGCCACCGCCCUCACCCUGUCCCUCGUUGGCACCCAGCCUGGUCACCUUGAACAGCAACUCAACCGCUUGCUAUGAUCAUUUGUCCAUAAACAGCAGCGGUGGCACGAUCAGCAGCAGCGGCAGCAGUAGUCAUCAUCAUCAUGCCAGCAGCCAUGCGAACGCCCACAACGGUGUCGGACUGCGCGACAAUCAACAGACACACCUCCUGACACAGCAACAGCGACAGGGCACACGACGCUCCUGGCAUGUGUCGCCGAAUAAGGUCAUAACACCGCAGCGUUACGGUGAUGUUUACAUCUACAAUUGUCCGGCAGCAGCAAUCCCUUACAGUCGUCACAGUCAGCCGAGUCAACAGUUACAACAGCAACAACAACAACUCUAUAGCAACCAAAGUAUCUAUCAGAACAUCUCCAUGAUGUCGGCGACUGCGGCGAAUGGCAGCGGCAGCGAGUUCGAGACCUACGAUACACCAAAACCGGCCACACCAGUCAAUUACGAUUGUCCCAAGAAUGUGUGUCGAACACCAACACAAUUGCGUUUCGCCGACACCGCGCAGCACAACAUGAAAGUCUGCUCGACACCCAUACAAGAGGAGUCCUACGAUGUGCCGCGUCCGUUGAAUACGCUCAUCCAGCACCAGAACACAUUGACGCCGAGCAGCUCCAACUCGUCUCUGCUCACCAGCGACAGCUUGAGUUUAUCCUUCUCGUCAUCGAAUCGCUCGUCGUUGGCGAAUAUGCCCGAUUAUGAUGUGCCGCGUCGCAAUCCGCUGCCGGUACGCGCCGUACAGCAACAACAACUCUUGCUGCAACAACGUCAAUCGCCAGCGCAUGGCAUGAAUGGUAAUUGUGCCGCGUACGAUUUUCCAUUGCCGUCGAACUUGAGCACACCGGUCGCGGAGAAGUCAUCGCCCAAUGCAACGCUGAUGGCAGCCGCGGCCAGCAAAGAGUUGCCGCUGGAAUUGUCGUCGGCGCUGUAUACGCUGGACAAAUUGCAAUUUGAGGCCAAAACAGCAAUCACAAAAUUGCUCUCCUUCGUCACGCCGAGUUGGCGCCAGCGUGAGAAACUCGAACCCGUGCUGAUGGAUGUCAAAUUGACCGCAGUGCGCUUGCGCACCGCGCUGCAUGACCUCAGCGAGUUCGGCGAAGGCGCGCUGGGCAAUGCCACACGCUCCGAAGAUCGCAAUUUAGCGCUGAAGCUGCGUCCACAUGUGCGCGCGCUGCGUGAUGCCGACAAGCUGGUGCACGACACCACCGAGACGCUGGACGCGCAGGGUUGGGCCAUCGAACAGCUGUUGCGCAGCGAGGAGAAAUUCAAGGCCAACAACAAACCGCCCGAUAGUCUCGAUCAGCUGAUUGCAUGCGCGCAAACGCUCACCGAAGAUGUGCGCCAAACCACCUCGUUCAUACACGGCAAUGCGUCGCUGCUGUUCAAACGCAGUUUGAGCGAGAGCGGCGCCGAUGAGGAGGAGAGCGCGAAAGGCGCUAGCACAACACAAGAACAAAACACACAGAAUCGCGGCAGUUCGGAGUGGGUGGAAGACUAUGAUUAUGUGUCCUUCGAGUCGAAAGAUGCGGCCGCGAAAAAGAACUCGGCGCUGCGCGAAGCAAUACCGGCCAAUUUGAAGAAGAAUUUCGACACCGUCAUCAAAGCGGCGGAGACAACCGUUAUGGCCGCCUCCAAUGUAACAACAACGAAUGCGAGCAACAACACCAACACGAAGAAACCAGAAUUAACCGUUAAGGAUAAGAAACUGGUGUGCUACUAUGCCGUGCAAAUCUCCACACACAUGGGUAAUCUACAGCAAGCGAUCGACUCCUUCCUGGAGACGGUGGAGAAGAAUCAACCACCGAAAUUCUUCAUCGCCUACGGUAAAUUUGUCGUGGUCAGCGCGCACAACUUGGUCACCAUUGGCGACAUAGUGCAUCGCAAUGUCUCCAAAGCCGAAUUGCGUGAGAAGAUUUUACGCUGCACAGACGCGCUGUCCGAGGCGCUAAAAACCUGCGUGCAAAAGUCGAAGAAGGCAGCGGCGCAAUUCCCCAGCGUUACGGCGGUGCAAGAGAUGGUGGACUCUGUGGUCGAUAUCAGUCACUUGGCGGCGGAUCUCAAAGUGGCGAUGCUGCAAGCGGUGCAGCUGAGCUUAUAAGUUGCGGUCGCUGGUGUAGGCAACGUCACGAACUGUUAGUCGACAGUUAAUGUUUGUCAAAGGCUACCAAAGUCUUCCACAAGUUGGCAUGAAACCCAGUACUACUUAGAAGAGGCAGGGGUUUUUCUACACAACCGCAGCUAAGAUAACUACAUAGUGAAUGUGCUUCAAUGCUUCAUGCUUCCAGCAACAAUUUAUAUACAUACAUAUAUAAUGGAGUUAUAGCAUAUAACGGUAACUUUUUUAGCACAAACUUAGCUAACUGCUAGGCAAUGAGCAUGCCGACAUAAUCAAAAGCCAAAUUCUUGUCGUUUAAAUGGAUAUACUUAAACGGUAUUGCAAUAAUAACAAAUACAUACAUACAUAUAGCUAUACAAACAAACAUACAUACAUAUACAUAUAAAUUGACAACUAUUGGAAAAGCAGUUUGUUUUAAUUUAGAAAAUGUGUCCCACGAACGAGAAAGGCACUUUCACUUCUUGUAAAAAACAACAAAAACACUCGAGCGUGUUUUCAUAUACAUUUUAUAUGUAUUUACACGCUUGUCUUUGUAAUUUAGUAAUUUUAAUUUAAUAUUUAAUUUUAAAUGUGAUAUUUUAAGCGAAGUGUGUUUAAGCGAUUUCGAACUUAAUUGCAGAAUUUCACUUGUAAUUAUGUAAUUGCGAUUGCAUAUUAACUUUAUUUAAAUUUGUUGUAUAUAUUUCUUUACCACUGUAACAUAUCCUUCUUAAAUUAUAUUAUAUUAUUACACCACUUAAAUACCGUUGUAAAUUAAAUUUUCAUUCUUUAUUUUAUAAUUUUAAUUAAGUUAUUUUUUUUCUUUUUUAUCCCAAAAAGCUCGUGGAAGUGCUUACAUGUAAACUGGUGUGUCAUAACAUUGUACAUUUUGUAUUUCCUAACUGUAACGCUGGCAAACGUGUGAGCGUUCACACAUUUCGACAUAGUCAAAAAAUCUUUAAGAUUAACAUUAUUAAGCAUUUAUUUUAAAUUAUUACAACACUAUAUAUAAAUCUAUACAUAUAUAUUACAUUAUCAAAAAUUUUAUGUAUUCCUAUGUUAGUGAAGAAAACGAACGAUACAAGUCGGCUUGGUAUCCUAUUGUAACUCUCUUGUAGUAGAGAGGAAAUUAUAAAAUUCAAUAAAUCUUAAUGUAGAGAAGAAAUUAUA